UGUGUAUCUAUACUACUUUCAAGCUCAUAAAUCUUUAUAAAUCAAGGUUAUAAAACUGAUAGAAUUGCAGAUGAUGAUUGAUGACCGUCCAUGAAAACUGACGACUGUAUCAAGACACUAAUUAGGCGCAUACUGGCAGAUUGACCUGAAUCAUUCCUGUCACACUUGGGACACUUUGGUGAGCAGUUCGUGCAUCUGUCAAGGCACACUUCGACCUUAGUAUUCAGGGCUUGGCGUAGUUUGACGCCAGAGCGUACGACAGAUUGGAAUUGGAGCCGGAGUUUACAAUACAAGAGCGGGUUGCUCGCUGCGCGACCGACCGACUGACCGACCAUCUACAAUGGCCCUGGCCUCGCCGAGAAUCGCUUGCCCAACCCAACUAGCCGUGUUGGCUGUGCUUUUUCGGGUUAUGAGCAACGGUUUCGUUUGGGCGCAGUCGACUUCGUCACACUCACCACAGCCAGAUUUGAACAUGUGCAACAACUUUCCUUGUGAGAAUGGCGGGGCUUGCAAUGGAAACAGUGACAGCUAUACCUGCACCUGCCAACCAGCAUUUACUGGAGACCGUUGCGAAACACUGUUAGACGCUUGCUUUUCGCGACCAUGCUUAAAUGGCGGAACCUGUCAAGCGGAGGGAAGUGAAUACCACUGCGUAUGCAGAAUCGGUUUCAGCGGGUCAACUUGUCAGCAAGACCCGUGUUCCAGCAGUCCUUGUAUGAAUGGUGGUACGUGUGUUGGAAACAGCAUUAGCUAUGACUGCGCAUGCCCGGCUGGAUUUACUGGAGUUAACUGUCAGUCAAGAGAGUUGAACGUGUGCAUGAGCUCUCCUUGCAAGAAUGGUGGAACAUGCCAUCAGGGAACCAGUGUUCGCUAUAACUGCACAUGCCCGCCAGAAUUCACUGGAGAAAACUGUCAACAGCCAAUACCUUCACUUUUCAAAAGUUGUCCGAGGGACAUAGCUGUGAACCUGCCGGUGGGAGAGACGCAUGCCUACAUUUUAUGGGAGGUGCCCCUUGUGAAAUCCGAUUACGAAUACGUACUGGUGUCAUCUAAUUACGAGCCAGGAAGUUCAUUCUCGAUUGGGCGACACAGGGUUAUUUAUAGGUGCAUUGGCCAUUGCUCGACCGAGGAUGGACAUGCGGUGAAGUGGGAAUGUGCCUUCAAUGUCAAUGUUGCUGAAAUUCCAGGUUCCGUCAUUAAGUACUGUCCAAAAGAUAUCCAGGUGGACCUACCCUAUGGUCAGCACGAGGCCUUUGUCACGUGGGCCCAGCCGCAGGUGUUUGGUGGCGGCAUUCACGUGGUCAGAGUUGUCCUCGCCGCUGUGAACCGAGAGACGAGUCCAUGGGUUCGGUUCUCCGUGGGUAACCACACGUUAAUCUAUCAGUUACAGCAGGGCACCAGUGAAUGGGAGGAAUCGUGCUCAUUCAACAUUGAAGUCACAGACAAUGGAGUUCAUACAGGUGGAACCAUCCAAUGCGACACCUACACAACGACUUUAGUUCUCGGUGCAGCAAUGUUCGUCGUCAGUGUUGCGUGCAUUUGCCUCUGCUUUUGCUUUAUAAGGACAAGGCGUCAGCUUUCUUCAAGGGGGUCAUCGCGUGCCAUGGUCCCCUUGGAUGCCAUCUCGUCGAAUUCUAAGACGAUCAACAACGGCAGCAGUUUUAGCGACCCCAUUAACCGACCGAGAUACCAGUACCAGACCGACCCGAAGCAGCUACCGCCGGUACCUCCUCCCAAACCCGGCCUGCCGCUGGAAGAUAACGCCUACGAAGCCCUGGACAACUACGGCUACCUGAGCUUGGAGCCUAAGAUGCAAAAUACGGGGAUGUGUCAGCUGCCAAGAGCCGUUUAUCAGAAACCCAAAGGAAUCAACGAGUAUUAGCCCUGUCAUACAGGAAUAGUUUGGAAUGAUGUAGCCUGUGUUUGGAGAAUUCUAUUCUUAAGCUUUUAAGAUGUGAUAAGGAUAACCGACACUGCGCAGCAUUCCUACCAAAUCCUAACGAGGAAAAUAAAGCUUAGUUUGAUUAGGAAAGUGAAAUUUUCCCCAAUGGGUUUUGGGACCGACUCUAUUAAGUCGGCUUAGGUAGUAUACUUUCCGUCUUCGUUUUUGUCCACUGAUAUGGUACAAGAAAUAAGUAGAAAUUCGAUAUAUGGAUAUCUCGUCAAUGAAUGUGUCAAUUUUUCAGGUGUUCAUAUUGUUUUAUUGUAUUGUUUGAAAUUGUCUUAGAUGUAAAUAAGCGUACUGUAAAAAAACAUUUAAGAAUGAGUUUCAGCAAGUUUCACACUCAUAUGUACAUAAUAUUCAAUUUUAUUGAUGUGAAAUAAACGAACAAAUGAAUUGCAUAAUUAUGGUGAAUUGUAAGCCAAACAUCCUAGCUCACAAAACUAAAAUAGGUUACAUGUGUAUUAUACUUUCAUUAUGUGUUUUCACUACAUUAAAUCAAAUCCGAAAUUUCUCUGUAAUCCUUUUGAUAGCAUGGGAUUUUGUACACAACUGAAACUCUUACAUUGGCUUAACACUUUGAUAUUUUUGCGAUAUUAUAGCUUUGGCAUAUAGGACAGAUGUUUGAUAGUACCAACCCAAAGAUUAGCCCCGUUUGGGAUAUUCAGAAAUUGUUGCCUUGCACUUCAUUUAGAAUUGCUUAAACUGUUAUGUCACACGUGUCCUUUUUUCAGUUGUUAGGCCAAAAAUGUCUCUGGUUUCUGGUCAGGAACUGGCCUCAAAAGAGGUGCGGCCACGUGGCUUUUUUACCCUCACUUUCUUUUCUGGAAAUGAUGUACGAUAACGCACAAUGUCCAUCUCGACUACAUGCGCUCGUAACGCGUACGCCUGCCGCUACGAACACUAAAAUAGACUGGCCCUCGCAUGUAUUUUUACUGUUUAAACGUAUUUUCAGCUUACAAAUGUACACAGGACA